AUGGUUGGAGUUGUUAGUACUCACUCAUUCUCGAAUCAGGGUUAUGAAUUUAAGUGUUUGUACGACGGCUCAAAGAAUGACAUGCACAUGGAUUAUGUAUUUUAUUCGUAUAAUAGACAGUCACGCAUUCUCAUGGCAAUGGGUUUAGGAAAGGCAAUGAUCUAUGUGAAAUUUGAAAAAGGAUAUUUUGAUACAACAGAUGACAUCUCUAAUUUGAAAACCAAUGCUUGUACGAACGGAUUUUCUUUUAAUGACGUUCAUUAUACAUUUUUCAACACGAGUAACUCGUCUCUCAAUUCACAUGAUGGAGGAUGUGUCUUCUUAACUUUAACCAUUGAUCGACCUUAUUUAAUUUCCUUAUUAGGAAACUUUGAGGAGUGUAAAAAACAAGGACUCGGUAAACUAAUCGCUCGUAUUGCCCUCAGUAACGGGAAAAGCUUGAUGAGCAAUGAAAUGUUAGAAAUUUUCAUGUUGAACGAUGAAGAAGAAUAUCCUUGCACCGAUGGAUGUGGAAUGAUGCGACAAGAUAAAUUUGAACAAACUUUACAACACACAAACGCACAACCCUUUCAUUCAGACAUGUUCAUUCCUUACUUUUCAGAGGAUGAGGUCAAACGAAUUUCUGCCAUCCAAAUACGUGUGCAUGGAUUUAAAGGAGUCCUUUCCAAAGUCCCAUUUUCUCAUUGGAAGGCCUUACAGAAGAAAUUUGAAUUUUCCGAUGAAAUUUCAUGUUUGAUGCGCCCAUCGAUGAAAAAGUAUGAAACACAGGUCGUUCUGUAUCCAUUUAUUGACGUUUUGAAUGCAUCUUCAGCAAUAGAAGGCUCCAUUAAUAGAACUUUUAUGUCUUGCAUCUUAAACCUUACAAGCAAGAAGGACGAAAUGAGACAAUUCUUUAAAAGGAAUUUAGAAGAAUAUCUCAACGAGAAGAUACAUUUAGAUCCCUCCAAUCCAUCCGAUUUAAAAAGGAAUGUGUUUGAAUUUAUGCACCAAUUAUUCAUUGAAAAAGCACAUGGAAAACAGAUUCGAUCCAAGAUUUCCAUGUGUGGCCUCAGAAAUUGA